CUCUCUUGUUCGAUGAUUGAUUUGUUUUUACGAUCUAACUGGAUUCUAAAUUAAAUUAGUGUGCAAUCGUAGAUUUCAUUGUUUAUUCUUGAUUACUGUGCAGUUAUUUAUCGUGACGAUGUCUUCUAUGGAUUUUGAUCUCUAACGCAAAAAGCAAAAAUAGUAUUUGCAUUUUUUAGGACGUCCAGUGACUUGUGAAGUGACGCGCUCCCUGGAAAGGCCAACAAAUAAGCUAUAAAUAAAAUAUUUUGCCGUGGUCCAAAGCGAUUUUUAAACUCCAUUUCUUCUCUUAUUUGUGAUGUUCCCGCAUUCCAUCAGCGCGGACGAAGAACAGAAGACGAAUUUGAUACCGAAGCUUCUUCAUUCAAAAAGAAAAGGAAUAUUUAUACCCAUGUUCAGAAAUAGUGCUGUUCAAUGCACAAAUCCUACAUUUCAUUGUAUAACAAGUGGUUUGAGUGGGUAAAAUAUUUAAGUGUCGUAUCUAGAAAAAAUGAAACUUCUAGAGAGUGGACGACUGGAGGCUCUAAGCAGAGCACUGUCCAUUAUAAAUGGCGAUAGUGCCGUACAAGGCAGAGUAGAGAGCUACAGUUGUAAAAUGGCUGGGACUGAAAAGGCAUUCUUUAAAAAAUUCACUGCAGAUGGGGAGACUACACAUGACCUUCAAGCUUUGUCCCCACCUGAAGGUGUUACCUAUUACAGCCGUAGCUUGUCAGGUGAUGAAGAAGGUGUAUUGUGUGAUACAAUAUCCAGGAAAACCUUAUUCUAUCUCAUUGCUACAUUAAAUGCUGCUUUCCCAGAUUAUGACUUUUCUUUGGCUAAGCAGAGUAGUGAAUUUAGCGCGGAGUCUUCCCUGAGCUGGGUGCAAGGUGCAGUGGAUGCAGCACUCUCAGCAGUCGGUGGAACACGAUGGCGACAACUACGGCCGGCUCUUUGGGCAGCUAUUGAUGAAGAGGUCCUUCUACCAGAUUGCCGCAUAUACAGCUAUAAUCCUGACCUUGCCAGUGAUCCGUUUGGAGAACCUGGAUGUCUCUGGGCAUUCAAUUACUUCUUCUAUAAUCGGAAGUUAAAAAGAAUUGUCUUUUUUACCUGCAGAGCAAUGAGCCCUGUUUGUGCUGUUGAUUCUGGUGUUGACUUUGCAAUGGAUGAAGAUGAAGAAUAUAACUGAUCAUUAUGUAGUGCUUCAUUGAGUUAAGCAUCGUUUUGCUGAUUAACAACCAGGAUGUGACAU